GGAAAGAGCCGAACGGGGACGGAAAGAGCCGAACCGCCUGAUGAAGCCGAACUGGGUCCGAACCCGGUCCGGAAAGAGCCGAACUGGGUCCGGAAAUAACCGAACACUUCCGGAAAGUGCCGAACCCAUCCGGAAAGGCCCGAACCGGCCCGAACCGGGGCCGCCAUGUUGUUCCCAGCGCUCUCUCAGCUCCUCCUCAGCCUCUUUAUGGCUUGGGGGGCGCAGGGGGGUUGCGUGGAGGUGGCGUCGGGGACCGAAGCCGUUUUAGGGGCUCCUUUUCGCCUCCUCUGCAUCGCCUGCAAGAGGCGAAGUGAAACCCCCGCCGAGGCCCAGGGAGAGUGGUUCUUCCGAGCCGACGGGGAACCCCACUACCAGAAGAUCCUCCACUACAGCCCCGAGGAGGCCCCUUGGGUGGCUCCGGGUCCUUUCAAGGAUGUCCUCUUCUGGAACGGCUCUCGCGGCACUCGGGACCUUCAGGACCUUUCGGUGCAGCUCUCGGCGGUGGAUCGGGCCCACGCCGGCCAUUACAUUUGCCGCCUGCGCCGUAACCUCACCUUCGAGGGUUACGUUUACAGCUUAGCCCGGAACAAAACCAUCCGCUUGGCCGUGGUGGAUAGCGCGCGUCGCGAUCUGGCGUCCAUCGUCUCCGAGAUCCUGAUGUACGUCCUCAUCGUGGUCCUCACGCUGUGGUUGGCGGCCGAGAUGCUUUAUUGCUACCGGAAAGUCGCCGCCGCCGCCCCGGCUCCCGACAGCGCUUCGGAGUAUCUCGCCAUCACCUCAGAGAGCAAAGAGAACUGCGCGGGGGGGGCGGCGCCCCAGUAACUCCCAGUAAGGCCUCCCAGUAACUCCCAGUAAGGCCUCCCAGUAACUCCCAGUAGCUCCCAGUAAGGAUUCCCGGCACCCAUGGGUGCUGCUGCCCCCCCCUCCACACGCAAUAAACCCCCUCUUCUUUAGGGGGG